AUUCCAGGGACCAUGCACAAGGAAGAAGCCCGCGCAUUUGCCGACACAUUGUCGGACGAAGAUGUAGAGUACCUCAAGCAGGUGGCACGAAAGACUUGUGCACGUGUGGCCAGUGCUUCCCGCAUGGACGCUUCCAGCUCCGUGACGUGGGAACCCAUCGGACACAAAGACGGGGUCGACAUCUAUAUUGGCGAAGUUAACGAAGGCGACAGCGGGUCGCGCAAGGUCAAUACCCCCGGCAGUAUGCGCAAGUACCUAUGUGGAGUCACCUAUGUGCCAGCAUCCCUCGACGACAUCGUGAACAUCUUCCACAGCAAAUCUGCCCUCCAAAAGGUCAAGAACAACGGAAGCCAGACGACGUUUAAUGCAUUUGAGCGAGAAAUCCUCAACACAAAGACGUUGUACAAGAUCCGAAAGCGGACGUCAAACGCGCCGCGGCACUGCAUCUCCCUCAAAUGGAUGCGCUUGGGAUCAACCGUCAAGGAAAUGGACGACCGCGACUUCGUCUUCUUGGAGUGCCAAGACACGAUCUUCGACGAAAAGGUCAAGCGUCGCGGAUGGGUCUGCUCCAUGCACUCUGUACAACUUCCGGGAUGUCCGCCGCUCGAUGGAUACGUCCGCGGCAGCUUGUAUCGCAGCGGGUAUGUAUUUCGGGAAACCGAGACGCCAAAUGUACUGCAAGUGGUGUGCAUCAUGGACAUGGACUUCAAAGGCACCAUGAACGCCAACCUGUCCAACCUGAUGCUCAAGUCGCGCGUGAUGAUAGCUGGCGCCAUCCGCGAACACUUCCAGGCGCUCCAAGAAGAACUGAAUCAGCCCCAGGGGGAGGAGUUAGAUGCGAUGCCGUGCCCGUUGUGUCGUGAUUAUCUUGCCUCGACUCGGUGCACUACAUGCGACGACGUGGUGUGCAUGAACUGCUGCCAGUUGAUCGAUCCAGAGAAUUCCGUAUGUACGGUGUGCAUUAUGAACGGAAAGGUCGACCAACUCAAUGCCAACCAAGCAAACGACACGGACUACGACGACACCAGCAUUGGCGACGACAGAAGCAUCUUGCUGCCGCCGACCGUACCAACGUCCAAGAAUGCGAGGAAGCCGUCAGUCGUCCUGGCGCCGCUGCCGGACUUGGAUGACGACUCGUCCAUGUCCACCGAGGAACAACGGCAGUCCUCAGAAGACAACAAUCAAACAGCUCAAGACUAUGCGUUGACGCUUCAACCUCCAGGUUUCUUUGCCCAGCUGCUGGCCGCGCCGACUUAUAGCCGUCGGCGAGACUUGAGUGAUGCCAUCAGUUACGUGGAGCCCGAUGGCACGGACCCGCUGUAUGCCCUCGCCGUGCAGCGACUGCAGGUCGCGGCAUCCUCAGAGCAAGAAGCGACUCGAUUGGCUAUCGUCAACCUCUACUACAAGCAUGUUGUGGAAUGCUAACAGUGGUCCUCAACUGUGAAGGGGGCCUUUGGGAUAAUAAGUUUUGCCGCAUAAAUGCUAGCAAUAAACUGUUUUAAGAACAUUUAAGGGUUUAUGUCGGGCUAGGAUG